AACCAUAACAACCGUUGAGUUAAGCUAGCUAAGCUAAACGUCGCUAAUACGACUCUUUGGUCAUAUUUCUUUUUCUCUAAGUUUGCCGGGUCGAUUGUUUCACAGCGGAGAGGAAAAUGUCGGGAAAAGCGAAGGAUCUCCUACAGCUGGACCUGUAUGGUUUGCUUGGCAUCGAAGGCACCGCUACAGAUAAGGAGAUCAAGAAAGCAUACAGACAGAAAGCCUUGACGUGCCAUCCAGACAAGAACCCAGACAAUCCAAAAGCAGUCGAGCUCUUCCACCAGUUGUCCCAGGCCCUCGAGGUGCUGACUGAUGCUGCUGCCAGGGCUGCUUACGACAAGAUCUGUGCUGCCAAAAAACAAGCAGAGGAAAGGAACCGGAAACUAGAUGACAAGAGGAAGAAGAUUAAAUUAGACUUAGAAGCUCGUGAGCAACAAGCAGAAGCCCAGAGCCAAGAGGAAGUGAGAAUCACUAGAACUCUAGAAGAGGAGAUUGCCCGCUUGAGAGAGGAAGGUUCGAGACAGCUUCAGGAGGAACAGAGGCUCAUCAGAGAACAGAUACAAAGGGAGAGAGAGACACAACAGCAACAAGCAGCAGGCUACAUACAUAAAGAAUCAGGAGUGGAGAGGUGUUCCAAGAGCAACUUGACCCCCAAAUUAAAACUGAAGUGGAAAAGUAAAAAAGACGAUGAGACGAAUGGGGGGUACUCUCAUGAAGUUCUCUCCAGACUUCUACAUAAGUAUGGAGAUGUUUUGAAUGUCCUACUAUCAAAUAAGAAGAAAGGAAGUGCUAUGGUUGAAUUUGCAACUGUGAGAGCAGCUGAACUGGCAUAUAAGAAUGAGAGUGGCCUAAGCGGAAAUCCUUUGAAGAUUUCAUGGCUUGAAGGACAGCCGGAAGUUAUCCCGCCAGUGACACAACCUGGCCAGUUUGCAUCUUCACAGGGCUUCCAAAGGCCUUUUCCUCUCCUCUCCGCCCUGUCCAACGCCACCACCGCGCUGACUCUCAGGCCGGCCUGAGGAGCGAGCGGGACUACGAGAGUGUGGUGCUGAUGAGGAUGAGGCAGGCCGCCGAGCGACAGAGACUCAUAGAGGAGAUGCAGAGAGAGGACGAUGAAGAAGCUGCCAAAUCCUAGCACGGAAAAAGACCACCAAACCCCCCCCCCCC